UACGGCGUUAUUUCAAUAUAUAUAUUCCUCUCCUCCACACACUCGCUCUCUACAUUUUGAUUCUGUGGAUUUUUUCUCUUCAAUUUUAAAUCAUGGGCAAGGGUCCAGGGCUUUACUCCGACAUUGGCAAAAGGGCUCGAGAUCUGUUGUACAGGGACUACCAGAGCGACCAGAAGUUCACUAUUACCACCUACUCUCCUACUGGAGUUGCCCUCACUUCAACAGGAACAAAGAAAGGGGAACUGUUUUUGGCUGAUAUCAAUGCUCAGUUGAAGAACAAGAAUAUCACGACUGAUGUUAAAGUUGAUACAAGCUCCAAUCUCUUUACCACCGUUACAAUUGAUGAACCUGCUCCUGGGUUAAAGGCCAUUUUGAACUUUAGAGUACCCGAUCAAAGGUCUGGAAAGUUGGAAGUGCAAUAUUUGCAUGAGCAUGCAGGGAUAAGCUCAAAUUCUGCACUUGACACUACGUCAAACUCAGCACCAUGCAGUUCAACUCUUACGUCCUCAUCGUCUGACAACAAAACGAUGGGAAACUCAGCGGAUGAACCCAAUAUGGGUGGAUGCAUAUUGGAGUUGAAUGUUUCAUUGCUAGAGGUGGAUGAACCCAUUAUCUCGUAUCAACUACCUGUUUCAAAAUGGAAGCCUCACAACAGCUUUAAUGACAUCUGA